UGUCAUUUUUUCUAAUGAUCAAUUUAUAUACAAAAAUUUAAUAAGUACAUAUUUAACACAAAUUCAUAGUUAUGGCUUGUGAAAAAACAUAUGAAAGUUGCAAUUACUUUGGAGAUAUAUCUGGGGCUUAUAAGCAAAAUGACUUUGACCAGGAACCAAGUGAUUCGAUAAGCAAGAUUAGACUUAAAUUAGAAGAUAUUCAGGAAGCACACAACAGAAUUAAAAGUCACAUAACUGUUACUCCGAUAGUUGAGUCUAAGUAUGUAGGGAAUCAUUUUUGCAAUGUGCUACUAAAAUGCGAAAACCUACAACUUACCGGCAGUUUUAAAGCACGUGGCACAUUCAACGUUGUGUCUUGUAUGACGACCGCGGAAAAAGGAAAAGGUUGCACCGUCGCAGGAGGAAGAAACUUUUUGAACGCAAUGACUUACAGUGGCUUUAAAGAGUCUGUCCCUGUAAACGUUGUUGUACCAAAGGAUUGCUCUUUACCAGACAAGCAGAAGUACAAAGAAAAUUAUGCGGUUAUCAAAGUAUUUGGUAACGAUUCGAACGAGUCUAGUCUCCAUGCUUUGACUUAUUGUGAUGAAAUAGGCUCGCAUUUCAUUCGAUGUUCUGACAGGUUGGACUUGUUAGCUGGAUAUGGGACAUUAGGGUUGGAGAUUCUUUCUCAGGUUGAUAAGUUAGAUGCUAUAAUAUGCCCCGUCGGCACCGGAGGCCUCAUAGCUAGCAUAUUAGUGGCAGUUAAAUCCUUAAAACCCCAAUGUUUGAUUUAUGGUGUUGAAAGUUCAGCAGCGCCAACUAUGAGUAAAGCCUUGCAAGAGAAAAAACCAACAAUAAUUCUCGUCAAACCAACAAUUGCUGAAAGCAUUGCCGAUAAAAUAGCAAGCAACAAUGCUUUUCAUAUCAUUAAAAGAUAUCUAACCAAAAUGAUCACUGUUGAUGAUUUGUGGAUAUCAAGAGCUAUGGUUAACUUAUUGGAGAGAGAAAAGAUAAUAGUGGAAGCAGCUGCAGCUACACCAGUCGCCGCCAUAAUGGCGGGAAAAGUUCCUGAACUACGAGGAAAAAAUGUUGUGUGCGUGUUGACUGGUGGUAAUAUAAAAUUAUCUCGUCUGCCUCACAUCGUGGAUCGCGGUCUAAUGGCUGAAGGGCGGCUCGUUGGGUUUUCGAUCACUUUGCCGGAUGGACCCGCUGAGAUUGCGCGUCUGCUGACUAAAGUUGUGGAUACCGGUGCGGACGUGAGGAGUUUCGAACCGGAACGGUCUUGGAUUAAGCGAGACGCUCUUAAUGUCACCGUAUUCAUGUUACUUGAAACCAGUGAUCCCAGUCACGCGAAGGAAUUGGAGAAGAAAUUACUUAAAGAUUAUCCUCAUUCUCAAAUCAUUUCAGCAUAAUAACUUUUUUUAUGUAAACGAGAGGACAAUAUCAUAUCACUGUUCAAUAUUUCUAUGUACCAUUAUGAAAGAAUUGUUUUUCGGAAUAAAAAAAAUAUGUAAAGUCCAAUAAAUCAUGUAACUAACAACUAACGAAUAUUUUUAGUUGCUUUCCAAAACACACUACAAAUACACUUAGUUGUGAUCGUCACAGCAAAAUCGUAAUUUCUCAUGUGUUCGUUUCAAAAAGCUGAAUUUAUAUUUGGCUUGUGUAUUUCCGCGACUUUUUCUACUUUGGAUUCGGUGCUGUGCUCACAGACGACUUAAUAGUGUACCUAUACGUAAGAUAUUAGAUUUUUUUUAACAAACUGUCAUGGUAUCUUUGUCACACUACAUUCAUACUAUAUAUGUACACUGUUAUGC